AAGCUCCCUAGAAAUAACAACAUCAUGGGACGUCCAAACCAGAGAAAUGAUACAUUUAGAAAGAGAAAGAAAGGCCUAAAGAAGAAAGCCUCAGAGUUCUCUAUUCUAUGUGGAGUAGACACAUGCCUCGUAAGCUUUAGCCCCAAUGGAGAUCUAGAAACAUGGCCUGAAGACAAGUCUGCUUGCAUGAAUGUAGUUCAAAGGUAUAUGAGCUUACCCAAAGAGCACAGAGAAAAGAAGAUGCUCAAUUCAACAGGCUUUGUGAAAGACAAGAUCAAGAAGGUGCAAGAAAAGCUCGACUCAUUGAGGAGGGAGAACUCGGCAAUUCUCUAUCCAUCUUGGGACGAUCGACUCGACCACAUGAGCGUAGAAUACCUUGCAGCUCUUGCCAAUCGACUCAACGCAAUGAUUUCUUUUCUCAGAGAGAGGUUGAGCAUGGGGAAUGUGGGGGUGGUACAGAAAAUGGAGGAGCAAGAGGUUAGAGAGAUAGAGAGGGGAGAGAUGAUAAACCCACACUUGUUGAAUCAACUACUGACAUGUAAUUUUCCUGUGAUGAAUGUUGAACCCAUAUCAAUGAAACCCAGUGAGAAUUUGGGCCUGCAUGAAGGUCUUUACAGGCCCAGUGAGAAUUUGGAACUGCAUGAAGGUCUUUACAGGGCAGGAGAGAUGGAGCAAUUUCAGAAUGUGAAUUUUGGGGUGAGUCCCUUGAUGGGCUUUGACCCUAAAAAUAAUGUGCUCACCCCACCUUUGAAUUGUGUUCCUUCUAGAAGUGAUUUCAUGGGUCAAUACCAGGUAAAAAAUGAGAGGGAGAGAAAUAUUUUCAUGGAUUUUGAGAAGUCAGGAGAGAGAAAUAUGCUGAUCAAGAAAUUGUAUGAUCAAGAGCAAUAUAGCCAUGGCCACUUUCUAAGCCACUGCAAUAACUACAAUUACAACAAUGUGCAUUUGCCCAGUACCGAUAGAAAGAACUACAUGGGCCUUCCAAGUCAAAGUCAUCAGUGUUUUGAGCAGUAGUCUAGUGAGAGGAAUGAAGGACUGCUUGCUAGACAAUAGUACAGGAGGGUAGUUUUUAAAAACUUAUUUCUCAAAUAAAGAAUGCGGAAGUUGAAUCUUAUCUUUUUAUUUAUUUUGGUGAAUAGUUAAAGAAAUGCCUAAUCUUGGGAUGGCUUUUAAAUGACUGGAUUGACAUUCAUCAAUGAAUUGAUAUCGUUUCUUUCCAUGUUUUGUUGAUUGCAUAUAUCCUAAUAUUUGAUGUACACAAUUGCACACAAACACGACUGCACAUUUUUUGAGAUGUAAUAAUUUUCAUAUAUGAAAUAUUCACCAUUCUAUAUUUUACCUUAUUCUCUGCAAUUCUUAUUAUUGACCCGAUUUUUUCUUUAAACUUUUUCAGAUAAAAUUGACUUAUUACCUAUCUUUUGGAUCGCGAGUAUAUCAUUAUGGGAUUGUCUACAAAUACACAAUUUAUCUUGGGAAAAGUUUAUAUAGGCUC